CAAGUGCCCGUCUCCGUCCCAAACUUCCUAUGUGGUAAGUACCACGGUGACGUUUACGCCACGUGUAUGCGCACGCCGCACGGCUUUCAAGGACACCAAAUUUAUUGAUAUAUAUCAUUAAUUAACAUUGAACUUUAACGCUCAGUACUGCACAUGACAGCAGCGAUGACUUAUAAGCGGUCCGAGAGCAAAGUGGAGAUUCCGCUUCUCUACAUUUUUCCUGCGCUUGCUUCUUCUGCGACUGGCGCCUCAUGGAUGGAAUGCCCGAAUGCUCCUGGGAUGCUGGUUCUACUUCGUUUGCCUCCUUUGGCGAUAUCCCUGGCAAUUUGUGCAGUCCUACAGAUGAUUGGCCACGUCCUUUCCGAAAUUUGAACCAUGACGCUGCCUGGGAUCACCUGGCGGCAACUUCCAACCUCCACAGCGUCAAAUUUGACCCGACUGGACGGUGGCGGGCAGAUGCCCUUAACUUCCAACCUUGCGCUGAGACCUCUUCGCAAGACCGUUAUGCAGUUCAGCAGAUACAUAUUAAGGGACGCGUUUGGACCCUGUCUGCAGUUUUUGAUGGUCACCUGGGCAGCCAUACCGUUGAGCAUGUGGCUCAUCACAUGCCUAUCAUUGUGCGGGAACACUUGGAGUUGAUCUCUCAGAAACAUGGUGACCGUGUUGUACCACCGCCUUUAAUUGCGGACAUGUUUGCGAUGGCCAUUCGCGCUUUCGAUGACGCCAUCGCCAAUGACGUCCUGGAACUUUUCCCGGGCGGUUUGUCAUCUCUAUCUCGCUUGUCGGACUUGCAGAUCCAGGAAGUUCUCGAUGAUCAACUUUCGGGAGGGCAAAAUUACACGAAGGCGAGGCUGUGCUUGUAUGGUACUACUGCACUCGUAGCUCUUGUUGACCCUGAUCACCAAAAUCUAUGGCUCGCCAAUCUAGGUGACUGCCAAGGACUGAUGGUCUCAGAGACUGAUCAGGAAGCGUGGAAUGUGGAGUUUUUGACGCGGUUUCAUAAUGGGGAAAAUCCGCUCGAGGUCCAGCGCGUCAUGAAUGAGCACCCCGGUGAGCCGGAGUGUAUUUUGGAUGGUCGUGUGCUUGGAGCCAUUGCACCCUUUCGAUGUCUGGGAGACACCCCCUUCAAGCAACCACCCGAGUUCACACGACGAAUUCUCUACAAUUUAUACCCUGGUCAGCACGACACAUCUCCUUGGGAAGAAUUCUUGGUGAGGAACCACACGCCUCCAUAUAUUUCGUCCACGCCGGAAGUCACGCAUUAUCCCCUUGAUCCAUCGCCCCAAGCUCCUCGCAAAUAUCUUAUUCUCUGCUCAGAUGGGUUCACGGACAUAUGUGGCACAAAUCAACGUGCGAUUGUCGAUCAGUGGGCCCGUGUAGCCGCAUGUAGUAGCUCAAGAGAGCUAGAUGAAAAAAGUCUGGCCCUCCGACUACUUUGGCAGGCGCUUGGGAAUGAUCCGACGAGCGUAUCUCGUGUUCUGACUUUGAACAUGGACUCACCUUGGUUAGAUGAUAUAUCUAUUAUUGUACAGUGUUUAUAGUGUAUCAUAGCAAUAGUCUAAGAGCCUACUUAUUCAGUUAUUCUACGUUAACGUGCUUGCUAACCCACAUGUGGAAUGUGUAGUGAUUGGUAGUUUAUUUGCAAUUUUGGGAAACAUUGAUAAAUAAAGACAAACAACGCUUGCUUCA